AUUGUUACAGGUCUCUAUUGCUCGUAGCUUGAUUGUUCUCUUCUUUGUACGUCGCUUUGGAUAAAAGCGUCUGCUAAAUGACUAAAUGUAAAUGUGUUCAGGAGCUGUUUCAGCCAGCACAAUGGCCUCCUAAGAUGGUAGAGGGAGGUUGACGUAGUGAUAAAUGGAGAGUCCAUGAGCCCUGGUCUUUCGACAUAUUGACAUCCAGGGAUGCAUGCGUGACUGAGAGAGAGAAAGCGUUACACUCAUGGCAGCAUACUUAUCAUACUUUAUGAUAUUAAGUUUUUUCUAAUAAACAGAUGAUUAUGGGAUUCACGACUCCUGUGUGGUGUGUUUUAACCUGUGUUUUAAUGGCUGGUGUGCCUAAUUGAAGUCUAGUUUAAUGUUAUCUGGGUGAAACUCCCCGGGUGGCGUAGUCUGGCUAUUUAGAUAGAGCUGUGGGGCUCCCCCUUACAGCUCAUAUCACAUGUACAACAGCUGUCAUUUUUUUUUAAUCUAUUUUAAUGAAGAGUAAUUUAUGAAAAGUAAUACGUCUGAAAAGUGUAUGACUGUAAUAUAAAGGUAUAUCAAAUAUCUUGUCAAAAAAGUAUGCUAUGCUUUGCUUCUUGCAAAGGUGUAUUUAGUCUUAUCGUCUUGUUUGGGCCAGCAUAAUGUAUCUUUCGAAGUGUAUUUGAGUUUGACCCUCUGUUGUCUUUGACGCUGACCCGAUAUUUUAUUUGUAUCUGAUCUUAAGUAAGCCUACCGAAUUAUUGACUUUUGGUGGGAAUUAAGAAGAGCCAAUAAAGUGUAUGGAUACUGAGCAAAAUUUCACGUGGAACGUUGAUGGUGUCAACUUUUUCAUACGUUUAGGCAAAUAACCUAAAUAACCAAGUAACCUGUGUCGUUUCUACGGAAAUACGUGAGUGGCUCUAGUUUUGUGAAACUGAAUUAGCCAACAAAGAGUUAACGUUUCAUAACGUGACGGUGGCUUCAAAAGCACACGGCGCUUUUGGGAGAGAAUUUUGACAGCAUAAAGCAGGGCAUGCAUUUCAGUGAGCGCAGAGCAGCGCAGUGGCCUCACAGUCCUUGUUGUUAGAUUAAUGUCUUUAUCAUGCCAAUCAAGGAAGUGUUCAUUUUUCAGAUGUUGGCACAUCAGCGACAUUUGCACUAAAUAGACUUUCCCCUGAUCUGAAUUGUUCACUGACGUGUGAAUAUAUUAAAGGUACGUUCUUUUAUGCAAGAUAUUUGUCGGAAACGUGUCUCUGCAGCCUAGUCAAGGAUAUAUGGACUUGUAAGCCGUUAGCUACACUUAGCCUACUUUAUUUUUAUAAGAUUGUAGGCAAUAUAGGCUAAGACAAUACAAAAUAGAAGAAUGGAAUGAGCAACAGGUGAGAUUGUAUGGUCUACAUGGAAGGAUGAGAAAAAGUAAUGGUAGUGCCCAGAUGUUGUCAUUAGCCAUUUUGUCCUCGCUCCUAUGCCUGACGUUACACACCUGUCACGGGGGAAAGGUGCUCGUUUAUCCAGUGGAGGGAAGCCACUGGGUGAACAUGAACAUCCUCAUCGAAGGUUUGCACUCCAAAGGACACGACAUCACAGUACUGCGCUCAGACAAAAGCUGGUAUAUCAAAGAGAAUUCCUCAUCCUAUAACACCAUCACUGUUCCAGUGAGCGCUAGCUUGGACGAGGAAUUUAUUGCAAAAAUCGUUACGGAGACCAUUAACAUCCAGAGGGGGCAUAGUUCCUUGUUUGUCUUCGUGACCUUGUUGGUUGAGAUGUUUAAGAAACUGAAGGAGGCUCACGUCACCUUGAAAGAGAUGAUUGUGAACAUACUUGAGAACCCAGAGCUAGUCAAAAGCCUCCAGGACUGUCACUAUGAUAUACUGCUCACAGAUCCCUGCUGGGGUGGUGGGACUGUGUUGGCCCAUUACCUUCAUCUUCCUCUUGUCUAUAAUGUGCGCUGGUUACCAGUAGGAGAGGGCCACUUUGCUGUCGCCCCUUCACCUGUGUCAUACAUCCCACUGACUGGGUCGGGCUUUUCAGACAAGAUGACUUUCAUAGAGAGAGUCAAAAACAUGCUUUACUUUGGAGCUGUGGUCAUCCAAGAUCGCUUGACUCUGAGACCAGUAUACCAAGGGGUGUGUGAGAAGUACCUGAGUCCACACAGUGAUUUCUACAUGCUUAUGCAGUCUGCAGAUCUCUGGCUGAUGCGGGGUGACUUUGUGUUUGAGUUCCCACGCCCCACUAUGCCUAACGUUGUUUACAUGGGUGGGUUCCAGUGUAAGCCAGCAAAGCCCCUUCCUCAAGACCUGGAGGACUUUGUACAGAGCUCUGGAGAACAUGGAGUCAUUCUCAUGUCUUUGGGGACAUUUGUCAGUCAACUUCCGAGUGAUAUUACUGAAGAAAUAGCUGCUGCUUUUGCUGAGUUGCCCCAGAAAGUCAUUUGGAAGUACACUGGAGAAAGACCUUCGACCCUGGGCAACAACACCCUGCUGGUUGACUGGAUGCCACAGAAUGAUAUUCUGGGACACCCCAAAAUAAAACUCUUUGUGGCCCAUGGAGGAACAAAUGGAGUGCAGGAAGCUCUUUAUCAUGGCGUUCCAGUUGUGGGUAUACCUCUGUUCUUCGACCAGUAUGACAACCUUCUCAGGCUGAAAGUAAGAGGUGGGGCAACAAUACUCUCUGUUGCUACGCUAGAAAAAGGCACUCUGCUCCAGGGCUUACAGGAAGUGCUCCAUGAGCCGUCCUACAGGGAGAACAUGCAGAGGCUCUCCAGGCUGCACAGAGACCAGCCAAUGAAGCCCCUGGACCGAGCCCUCUUCUGGAUUGAGUUUGUAAUGAGACACAAAGGUGCUGCUCACCUGCGCACAGAGUCCUACAAGAUGCCCUGGUACGCCUACCACUCAGUGGAUGUAGUACUGUUUUUGGUUGCUGUUUUGUCCUUGAUAGUUUUGAUUAUUUUGGCUGUUAUCAGGUAUUUGUUACGCCUGUGUAAUAAAAUAAAAAAUAAGGUAGAUUAAAAGGUUUACAAUCGCAAACAGAACAUGCAUACUACUGUAACGGCUGCCAUUUUGUAUUACUCAUUUUAAUAAAGAGCAAAUUAUGAAAAGUAAAAAGUCUGAGAAAUGUAUGACUGUAAUAGAAAGGUAUAAAAUAUCUUGUCUAAAAAGUGUGCUACGCUUUUUACAGAAAAGUGAUUUGGGUAUACUGUGAUCACCAAGGGUCAUCCGAUUAGAAAGAAUCAAAGGGGUCUGGAUUACCAAUUUAGUCUUUGAAGAAAACAAAGGUGUAUUUAGUCUAUUUAGUCUCACCAUCUUGUUUGCGCCUGCAUAAUGUAACUUUCAAAGUGUAUUUGAGUUUGACCCACUGUUGUCCCUCGACACUGACCAGUUAUUAUAUUUUGAUCUGAAUUAAAUUAAAGAACUGAUCUUAAGUAGG